ACCUCAGAAAUGGAAGAAGCUAUCUGCGCAAUGUUCAGAUUGGACCGCAAUGCGCAUUUUUGCAUCGCCUAUCCCCAUCAGUUACUGACCCCGUCUGGCUUCAUCGUGGAUGAAUGGUUCAUGAGGGCCUGGACCCUCCAGAAGCUUCUCGCUCCACACACGAACGAUGAAAGAAAUAACGAGCACGAUGUUGAACUCGAUGACCGCAUCUCGCUGAUUACGAAGAUUCCCUCUGAUGAUCUGCAGAGUUUCACGCCCAUAUCUUCCCGCAUGCAUGAAAAGAUGGUGCAGGCAUCGACUCGAGGACGAGGGGUGAUGAGAAUGCUCUUGUCCUCAUCGGUGUUUGACCUGCGCAUCAUAAUUAUUGACUACAGCGAAGGGAAGUGGGUAUUC